AUGAAGCCAGACAGACCUGAAGAAGAUCAAGAAGAGGAUAUCUGGGGCUCUGUCGCUUGUGUCGAGAUCUCCGUGACGCACCUUGAACAAUCGGGCUCUCUCACAAGUCGCGUGCCGGGCGUCAAGGAUAGCAACUGGCAAUACUAUAUUGGCUUAAAGGACGCGCCUAAGCGUGCGUCUGACUCAACACCAGCGCCAGUCGUGGAGCCUGAACGAGGUGUCAUCUCACCUUUGCGACGGCAAUUACGGGAGCUCAUGGCUGCUGCCACAAGUAAACGAGCCAUUCACCUAAAGAUGCCUCCUGUGGCGGUCCUGCUUACCUCGACUCAGCGGAACAUUGGCAAAGCCACUGCUGCAACAGAUGCCUGCCUAGACAUUGGUCUACACACCUUUGUUCUCGAUGCAUAUGAUAUCGUUAAUGAAGCUGGGUCCGGUGGCAGCGACAUGAAGACUGAGGGCUUUUUGAAAGUUCGAGCGGAACGUGCAAUGAGUUGUGGUCCCGAUUGUUGUGCUCUUCUGAUUCGCCACAUUGAGGCUUUGACGGCUGAUAGAAUGGUGUCAUCGAUGAAGGAGAUUCUGGCAGAAGCAAGGGUCUUGAUUGCUACAACGACUGAAGUGGACAAGGUGCCCGAUGGGGUUAGGGGUCUUUUCACUCACGAGUUGGAGAUGAGUGCUCCAGAUGAGGGCGAGCGAGAGACCAUUCUUCGAAGCAUUGUCGAUGAUCGGGGAGUCUCCCUCGACCCCUCGAUUGAUCUAGGGAGCGUAGCUCUGAAGACUGCUGCGUUAGUGGCUGGUGACUUGGUAGAUGUGGUCGAAAGAGCGGUUGUAGCGCAACGCUCGCGGCUCGAACAACUAUCUGCGAAGGCAGCCAAGGAAGGCCAACUCGUAUCAGUGCGCGAUAUACAGGUAGCUGGCGGACCAGCUGCUCGAAGUUUGACCUCUGUAGACUUCGAUGUUGCCGUUGAAGCCGCGCGCAAGAAUUUUGCUGAUGCAAUUGGCGCACCGAAGAUCCCCAAUGUCACAUGGGACGAUGUUGGCGGUCUCAAUAAUGUCAAGGAUGCGGUGAUGGAGACUAUUCAACUACCUCUUGAGAGACCAGAGCUGUUUGCCAAGGGCAUGAAGAAGCGGUCGGGUAUUCUCUUCUAUGGACCACCAGGAACCGGAAAGACGUUGCUCGCCAAGGCUAUCGCGACUGAAUACAGCCUCAACUUUUUCAGUGUCAAAGGUCCUGAGUUGCUCAACAUGUAUAUCGGCGAGUCUGAAGCCAAUGUUCGACGAGUAUUCCAAAGGGCAAGAGAUGCCAGACCGUGUGUCGUCUUCUUCGACGAACUGGAUUCAGUUGCUCCGAAGAGAGGCAAUCAGGGCGACAGUGGUGGUGUCAUGGACAGAAUCGUCUCUCAAUUGCUCGCUGAGCUCGAUGGCAUGUCUGGAGGCGAGGAUACUGCUGGAGGCGUGUUCGUCAUCGGUGCCACGAAUCGGCCUGACCUGCUGGAUCCUGCUCUGUUGCGCCCAGGCCGUUUUGACAAGAUGCUCUAUCUCGGUGUUUCGGAUACUCACGACAAGCAACUCACAAUUAUGGAGGCGUUGACAAGGAAUGAUGCAAUGCUCAAAGCAGUGACGCGACAAGCUUCCUCGGUCGACGCAAAGAUCAAGAACAUGAAUGCUAGUCGGGACCCGAAACAUCAAAUUACAACAGCCUACUUUUUCGACCACUACUCCACGCCGGAGGAUAUCGCCGUCAUGGUCACCGAGCAGGACUUCUUGGAUGCGCAUAGAGAGUUAAUUCCUAGUGUUAGCGCCGGUGAGCUGGCCCACUAUGAGAAGGUCCGGGCCACCUUCGAGGGUGGAAGAGAGAGUCAGGCCAAACAGAACCCACCGCCCCUAGAGCGGCGUCCUGUAUCUUCCCAAUCAAGAUCCAGCUUCAAGGGCAAAGGGAAGGCAAUCAUGGGCAAGGGCAAGGGCAAAGCUCUCGCUAUAGACAGUGACAACGAGUAUGAUGACUAUGGCCUUGGGCCAGAGGGCAUAAACGGGAAAAGCAAGGGGAAGGGCAAAGCGGUGGCCUCAUUUGAAGACGGCACAGCGAGUGAUGACGAAGGCUUGUAUGAAUAG